AUGUACAUAGCUUACCAGGAUUUGCAAAAGAACGCUCGUGGAGAACAUACACGCAAGUCCAGCGAGCCUGUGUCGUGCCUGGGGAGCUUCAAGAACCUGGAGCGCCUCGACCUCGGCCACAACUGCCUCGUCACGCUCGAGGGUUUGUCCGCGUGCACCAAUCUCAAGUGGCUCUCGGUUAUUGAAAACAAGCUUGUCAGCUUGAAAGGUGCCGAGGUCCUCUCGAAGCUGCAGGGGAGAAUUUUAGCCCAGUUCAUGAACCAUAAUGUUCGAGAGUUUUUCUUAUCCCUGCUUGUGCAGGUACUAAAUGCUGGCAAAAAUAAAUUGACAAGAAUCGAUGAGGUCAAAUCGAUGACAAGCCUAGGAGCCUUGAUUCUCAACGACAACAACAUUACUUCCAUCUGCAAGCUUGAUCCCCAUCAUCAGUUGAAUACUCUUGUUCUCUCUAAGAAUCCAGUUAUUACUUUUGGUGAUGCUUUGGUCAAUGCCAAGUCUAUAAAGAAGAUAUCCAUGUCUCACUGUGAAAUAGAAAGCAUUGGAUCUUCUCUUGCUGCAUGUGUGGAACUGAAGGAACUUCGGCUUGCUCACAAUAAGAUCACUACAAUUCCAUCAGACUUGGCCAAAAAUACCAAAAUCUUGAACCUUGACUUGGGAAAUAACUUAAUUGAGAGGGAGUCAGAUUUGAAGGUCCUUUCUGAACUGCGCUACUUGAGGAACCUAAAUUUGCAGGGAAACCCUAUUGCUGAGAAAGGCACCCUAGCUAAAAAGGUCAUGAAAAUUGUGCCGAACUUGCGCAUUUUCAAUGCAAAGCCCAUAGAAGCCAUUUCCCAGAAUGAGAACUCUGGGAAAGGGAGUAAGCUGAAGAAGGAUGAAGAGAUGCCUGAUCGUGAUCCCAUCGAUUCUAAUACGGAAAAGAAGGAGAAAAGGAAACGGUCAAAGCAACAAGUGCAGAGCCCUGAAGAACCUGCUGCCAAAGAUACUCCUCCAGCUGCCACCAUUGCUGCCCCAGUGAAAUCCGCAUUGUCGGAUAGUAAGAAAAAGAAGAAGGAGAAGGUAUUCACGGAGCAGGACAAGAGCAGCAGACCGAAAAGCAAGGAUGACAAGGCUUCUUUCGAUGAUACCGAAGGAAAGGCCAAGAAGGAAUCCAAGAAGAAGAAAUCUGCCAACAAAGGAGAUAAAGAUGCGGGAGGAAUCGAUGACACAGAAGUGUCGUUUGCAGAGUUGAUGUUUUCUGGAGACGGCGGUGUCCCAGAGCCCAUGCCGAAGGACAAGACCCAGGCAACUGCUGUGGAUGGAAAAUUUGUCGGAGGCCUGGUGAUUGAUCACACCAAGAAGAGGAAGAAGGCGAAGGGCACCCCUAUCGACGCGUCGGAUCUUAAGCAGUUGUGCUCUGCGCCCGAGGUGGGUGCGGGUGGACUGUCGGGCUGGGAUUAG